UAACUACCGGAAAAUCCUCUCUCUACAACCAGUUUCUUAAAUUCUCUGCUCACAUACUGACUUUGCCUCAUUCUGGAAAUAAUCAUGGCACUUAUUUAUAAAAAAUACGGUUCAAUUGUUUCGUCUACGGUUGUGAUCUUAUGUAUUUCAUUAAUUAGUGUUAGUGCUUAUGAUGUGCCUGACGCUGAAGUGAUAGCAUUUUCACCGAGAGGUUUUCAAGUUUCAAUACCAGAUGAGGAAGGAAUAGAUCUGUUUGCAUUCCACGGAAAAAUCAACGAAGAAUUCGAAGGCAGAGAAGCAGGAACGUUUGCCAGGGAUAUUGUUAAAGCUAAAAAUGGAAGAUGGACUUUCACAGAUAAAACUACGAAAUUAAAACCGGGAGAUAUAAUCUACUAUUGGACUUAUGUGAUCUUCAAUGAUAACGGGAACAAAUUGGGAUAUCCAAGAGACGACCAGAAGUUUAUAGUGCAGGAACUAGUACCAAGAGAUGCUGUAUUGACCUCUUCGACCACUACUUCCACAACUCCUUCGGGAGAAGGUCAAUGCAUACCAAGUGCAACUCAAAUCGGUGGUAGAAAUGCUUGUAAAAAUGAACUUAUAUUCGAAGAAACUUUCGAUACCUGGCGUCCAGAUUUGUGGUCACUGGAACAAAGGUUUGCCGGAGCUCCGGAUUAUGAAUUCGUUGUGUAUAGUAACAAUCCUACCUACACAAAAGUAGCCAAUGGUGUCCUUUCUAUACAUCCAAUUCCUAUCGAAAAUCAGUACGGAAACGGGUUUGUUACAUUGCCGAACGGGUUAGACUUAGGAGAUAGGUGCACGGGUGUUCACGGUACAACGGAGUGCUUUCAAAAACCAACAGCCUGGUUAAUACUACCGCCGGUACUUUCAGGGAGGAUGAACACGAAAAAAAGCUUUUCAUUCACCUACGGCACCGUACAGAUAAGAGCCAAACUUCCCAAGGGUGACUGGAUUUAUCCGCAGCUGUUUUUAAAUUCGAAGAACGAAGAAUAUGGCCGCCUUUACGAGUCCGGUCAAAUCAGAAUAGCUUUCUCACCCGGAAAUCGAAAUUCGAACAGCGACUUGUCCGCCGGCUGUAUCCUAGGAGAUUCGGUGGCGGCAAGAAACUAUGGAAUGAGAAGGCUGCAUAAGGAACCGGGAUGGUGUAACGACUUUCAUGUGUACGAAAUGAAAUGGACUCCCGAUGGAAUAAGCGUCAGUGUAGACGGGGAAAAUUACGGUAAUAUAUAUCCACCCCAGGGAGGAUUUGCACAGGAAGCGAACACCAUGGGUAUUGCCACUGAGACGGGUGAAAGAUGGAGAAGUGGAUCUAAAAUGGCCCCGUUUGAUAAAGAGAUGUAUUUGGUGCUUGGGGUAGGAGCAGGUGGCUUGUGUUUCCCGGAUUCCAACACCAAACCGUGGAAGAACAACGACCCUAAAAAUCAGAGGAACUUUUACAGGGCUAUGAAUCAAUGGUAUCCCACCUGGAGCAAUGAUUCCGCGCUGAUAGUUGACUAUGUUAAAGUAUUUGCUGUAUAAGACUUUUUAAUUUAAAUUUUUCAAUAAAGAAACUAUCUGAU